CCUGGUCGCGCCAGGUCCAACAGUGGGGCCACGGAUUGCUGUCCACACAGGCGCGGGGCGGAUCCCUGGGACCCCAGAUCCUGUUCCCUGGAAGCCCCCUGAGCCCGCUCGUGGGCCCGCAGAGCCUCGGGCUCGAGCGGUGCGCUCGAUGGCUCGAGAGCGGGAUGCCGACCCCGCGGGUGGCACGGGCUGCCCUCUUCUGGCAGGCAGGCCUCGCGGGCUGCUGCCUCGCGGCCAAUGUAGCGCGGGCCCCUGCAGGCUCUCCGUCGCCGGCCGGCCAGGGGCGCCCAGCACCGGUGCUCUGGGCUGCCAGCGGCGCGCCGCAGCGAGGCGACGAGUACAGCUGGUCACAGGUGCCGCUCAUAGGGGAGCCUGUGCCGAUGAGCCCAGACCAGCAGGCGCGGAACCUAUUCGCGCAGCAGUGCAAGGUCGUGUUGAGCGUGCGCGAUGAUCGGACCGACUUGCUCCCCCUGGACCCAAUGCGGAGUUUCUGCGAGACCACAGACCGCCCCAUGGAGUGCCGGAUACUGCUGGUGGGGCAGCUCAAGGAGGUGUAUUCGAGAGGGAAGAACCUCUGGGAUUUCUGCCUGGAAGUGUACCAGUGGUUCCAGGAUAGCUAUGGGAUGCACUGCCCCCAGCAGUGCAACCUGCUGCAGUGCAAGGCCACAUGCGAGUGGUUGGAGGCGAAGAAGCUGGUGGACCAGAAGAGCCAGCUCAUUAAGCAGGAAAGGAUUCGCCACGCCGCCGCCGGGGCUUCGAUCGAGAGGCUGAAGUUGCAGAGGGCGGAGGCGGAGCAGAACGUCACCGACGCGAACAGGACCGUGGACAGGGCAGAAAUGGGUCUCCGGCGCGCCGUGGCGAGGAGGAACGAGACGAGCGCCGCCGUGGAGGCCGAGCGCCGGAAGGUCCUCGAGAGAGAGCAGAGGCUGGGGAGCCUCGCCCAGAAGCGGGCGGCGCUCGAGGAGAACGCCUCGGCGCAGGAGGCCGCGGUCACGGGGCUGCGCCGCGAGCUCGACUUCCGCAGGCUCGACGGGGAGCAGGCGGGCAGCCGUGUGCAGCAGCUGCAGGGCGAGCUCCGGGAGCGCCAGGCUGGCCUCGAGGCGCUGGGGCGCCAGGAGGCCGCGGCCGCGGCCCAGCUGGAGGGCCUUCGCGCCUCCUCGGAGGACCUGGCCGCGGAGCUCGAGGACCUCGCCGCGCGCUGGCGGGCGGCCAACGAGACCGUGCGUGCGCUGGAGGGCCAGGUGGCGGCGGCAGAGCAGAGCCUCGAGCAGGGCGCCGGGCCGGUGAGCCUGAGGCUGGAGGGCGAGGCGGCGGGGCGGCAGCGGGAGCCGUGCCCGCGGCCGGCCGGGUGGUGCGCGAGCGACGCCACGAGCUACAUCGACACUCAGGACUGCGACGGCGACGGCGUCCCCGACCCUCGGUGCGUGGACGCCGACGGGCAGGAAGGCUUCCUCGGCUCCGCGCGCUCGUGCCGGAGCACAUGGCCCGGCGGCAGGUGCCAGCAGUCGUGCUCGCGCCCAGCUGGCUGGUGCGGAGGCCCCGGCGCCAGCUACGCCGACUCGCAGGAUUGCGAUGACGACGGUAUCCCCGACCCGCACUGCGUGGAUGCCGGCGGGCAAGAGCGAUGCAAGUCGCUUCGCGUGGGGCACGGCCGGGCAAGCGUUCCGUCCGCUCCUGGGCUGCCUUGAGGGGGGGUGGUCUCUUGGGGUCGGACGGGGUUAGGAUGAGGA